GAUAUAUGCUUCAAAAAAUAAAAAAAUAAAUAAAUUUAUCACAGGAUAUUUAAGUUGUCAUAAAAUACAACAUCAGCAGCGGAAUGAAAUAGAAUACAAAGAUAUCAAAGUAAAUGAAGAACGACAAACGGCUUAAUUGCAAUGAAUGUAAUCUGGUGGCUGAUAAUAUGCUUGGAAAUAACACUGAACGCGAGUCCAAUCAUUAAUAUAAUAACGUUAGCAUGUCCAAAUGAAUGCAUUUGUUUGUCACAAACUCAGGUGCUGUGCAAUACUGGUGGAUUACAAGAGAUUCCUGUAAAACAUUUUCCGCCAACCGUUGAACAUCUAUCGUUAACAAAGAACAAUUUUCCGAUCAUUAAAAGCGAUGCAUUUGGAGGAUUGCGAGCAUUGAAAAAACUGACUUUAGAUGGUAACAAUAUAACGACAAUUAAGCCAUUUGCAUUUCGUGGUUUACCGAGACUAAAAGAACUGUCUAUUCAGUAUACACCGUUGACAACGGUUGCGCCAUUUGCCUUCGCAGGCCUUCAGAACAUAUCAACAAUCAUCCUAGGACAUAAUAAAAUAUUGCGUGUCGAAGGAUACGCUUUUGCUGGCACAGCUAAUGUGAAAAUGAUUCUCUUAAUUAACAAUCCAAUGAUCAAGCUGGAACCAUUCGCAUUUUCAAGUCUAACAAAUGUCGAGCGUCUAAUAUUGCCAAGUGGAUUGCGGCAAAUCGAGCCUGAUGCCUUCAACGGUUUGGAUAUCGUUGGAUUACUAAAACUGUCAUUUAUGGAUCUUGAUUCCCUCCAACCAUUUUCAUUUCGUAACCUUCAUAAUGUUAAAGUACUUUCGCUACAAGAAUCAGAUUUAGGUAUUAUAUCCGAGGAUGCUUUUGACGGCCUCGCUUAUGUAGAAUCAUUGAAUAUUCUUAACAAUAAAAUUGACGCUAUUCUUGAGCUUAACUUGACUGAGUCACAUAAUAUCAAGGCACUCAAAAUUUAUGGAAAUCAUUUAUUAGAAACACCUGAGCCUGGAACUAUUAUCUUAGAUGGUAUCGAAACUAUUAUCGUCCAAAAUAAUCAUUUUCCAUGUGGCUGUCAUAUUCAUACGUUACUGGAAAGCCCACUUGUGAAUACAUCGUCUUACGAUCAUCACGAGUUCCUCUCAAAGAAUUUUUGUAUUUCACCGCUAGAAUUGAACGGCCUACAGAUGAGCCGUAUUGACUUGUCUUCGAUUGGAAAAUGUCACGAACAGGUGACGAGAGAAAAUUUAGAGGCAUCAACGGGACGUAACUCGAAAAAUAUUUAA